AUGUCCAAAAAAUUAAUCAAGAAAGGAUGUGUAUACGUUCUUUGUGCUUUGAUUUUUUACACACUAGGAAGGUAUGGAAGCUUAUGGAAAUCCAGCGAUCUUACUAACUCUUACAUCUCCAAAGAAUCCCUCAAUUUCUUUCUUUCUGAUAACAAAGCUAGCAUGCUUGCUUAUGAUCGAUCAAUGCCUUUAAUUUUUGUUGGUGGAAUGCCAAGAAGUGGUACAACUUUGAUGAGAGCUCUGCUGGAUGCGCACUCUGACAUCAGAUGUGGAGAGGAAACAAGGGCAAAAGUUAUUCCCAGAGUGCUGGCUUUGAGAGGGCAGUGGACAAAGAGUCAAAAAGAGAUUGAUCGGAUGUUAGAGGGUGGCAUAACGGAUGAAGUUUUAUAUUCUGCAGUUGCUGCAUUUAUUUUGGAAGUUAUUGUGAAGCAUGGAGAACCUGCCCCAAGAUUGUGCAAUAAGGAUCCAUUCACGUUGAAGUAUGUUGAUGAACUGAAGAUAAUGUUUCCUCAGGCCAAAUACAUCCUAAUGAUCAGAGAUGGGAGAGCUGUUGUCCACUCAAUCAUCAACAGGAAAGUGACAAUCACAGGAUUUGAUUUGAACAACUACGAAACUUCUCUUCAGAAGUGGAACACAAUUAUGACCAACAUGUACAAACAGUGCAUGAAUGCUGGCCCAAGUAGAUGUCUGAUGGUGUACUAUGAGCAGUUGGUUCUUCAUCCAAGGGACAUCAUGACUAAGGUUCUUAAGUUUUUGGACAUUCCAUGGGACGAGCGAGUGAUGCAUCAUGAAGAUUACAUCAACAAACCUGGAGGCAUUUCUUUAUCCAAGAUUGAACGUUCGACGGAUCAAGUCAUCAAGCCGGUUAACCUGGAGGCACUAACGAAAUGGGCUUCAUCAUUUCCUGACAACUUGAAGGGAAACGUUCGUCAACUGGCUCCUAUGCUGGAAAAGUUGGGAUACGAUCCGGAUGAAUUUCCGCCUAACUAUGGCGCUCCUGAUGCUAAUGUUUGGUCGGUUGCUAUACUAUAUAAUGUUCACUCUAACGUUAAAUUUAUGCGCUUGCUUGUUUUAAAUUAUUGA